GCACGCGCUCACUUGGAGCAUCCGAUACUCGGCCAGGCCAGUGAUACGCGGCGUUGGCGGCCGCCAUGCCGCUCUCGUUGCCGUCUUCGGCCGCCGUGGUCGCGGCGCUGCCGCGGGCGCUCUCGCUCUCGGCCGCGGCCGUCGCGGCGGCCACCACGUCCCUCCUCCUCAUCUCCGCCGUCGUCUCCCGCUCCCACCACGUCGCCUCAUCCUCCUCAUCACUGCCGCUCCCCCCGUCCGCCAGCGCGUCCACAACCGCCUCCCAAGCCCCGGCGCCCGCGCUGGACCCCGAGCACCACCACCCCCCGCCGCCCCCGCCCGUUCCCCCGUGCCCGCCCAACGCCACCCACCUCGUCCCCUGCCACGAGCCCCCCUCCGGAGAGCGCCACUGCCCCCCGCGCCCUCCGCCUCUUCCGCACCCGCCCAAGGACCCGCCGCCGCACCCGCCCCCGCCCCCGCCGCAGUGCCGCGUCCCGCCGCCGGCCGGGUACCGCCCGCCCCCGCCGUGGCCCGUGCGGCGUGAGCGCGCGCGGUACGCGAACGUGGAGCUUCCGCUGCUGCCCUCGGCCAAGGUGGCGGCUGGCCAGGACCCCGUCCGCGGUGGUGGGGAGUGGCUGGUGUUCAACAAGGGCAAGGAGUUGCGGAAUUACGUCGACCAGCUGGCGCGCGUGGUGCCGCUCCGCGGCGGUGUGGUACGCACGGCUCUGGACAUUGGCUGCGGAGUUGCGAGCUUUGGGGACUACCUGCUGAACUAUGGCAUACUGACCAUGUCCAUUGCUCCGAAGAGUAGAUAUGGAGCACAAGUGCAGCUUGCGUUGGAGCGUGGACUGCCUGCGAUGAUCGGAGUGCUUGUCGCUCAGAGGCUACCAUAUCCAUCGAGGUCCUUUGACAUGGUGCACUGCGCGGAUUGCCUUGUUCCAUGGACUGCUCAUGAUGGGCUCUAUAUGCUUGAAAUUGACCGCCUUCUCCAACCCGGUGGCUAUUGGGUUUUCUCCAGGCCACCCAUCGGCUGGAAAUCUGGAUACAAUAUUUCAAAUCAAGCGACCGAAGACAAGGAUAAGCAAUUAACUAUGGAUGAUAUCGCGAAUAAGCUUCAUUGGACAAAGCUGUCAGAGAAGGGCACGAUUACUGUUUGGAGAAAGCCUACUUUUCAUCUCCACUGUGACCAAUCAAAGCUCUUAGGAUCAUCGCCACUCUGUAGAGAAGACCCAGAUAGUGUUUGGUAUGUGAAUAUUUCAAUGUGUAUAACAUGCAUUACAAGGGCUGAACAUGCUAAUGGUUGUGCUGAUGGUGCCAUGGAAAAGUGGCCUAAAAGACUUGAUGCAGUGCCACCAAGGAUAGCCAGUGGGGAAAUGAAGUUGUCCAUUCAGACAUAUAAGCAGGACAGUUUGAUUUGGGAGAAAAGGGUUAAUUUCUAUGUAACGUAUCUAAAAUAUUUAUCAAAUGGAACAUACAGAAAUGUUAUGGACAUGAGUGCUGGUUUUGGUGGCUUUGCUGCUGCUAUGUCCAAGUAUCCAGUUUGGGUCAUGAAUGUCAUUCCUACUAAUGUAACAGAAAAUACUCUUGGUGCCAUCUAUGAGCGUGGACUGAUUGGAACAUACACAGACUGGUGUGAGGCCUUCUCUACUUAUCCACGGACAUACGAUCUAAUACAUGCCAAUGGAAUCUUCAGUUCACAUAUUCACAAAUGUGGGAUUAUUGACAUUCUCGUUGAGAUGGACCGCAUUCUCCGGCCAGGGGGCGCUGCUAUAGUUCGGGACAGAGCUGAUGUUGUUCUGAAAGUUAAGAAGGAUGCUGACCGUCUACAAUGGCAUAGCCGAAUCGUAGACACUGAAAAUGGCCCCCUGGAUCCUGAGAAGCUUCUCAUCGUGGACAAUUCCCUCCCACUACCAGGGAGCUAAGUGAGCAGCGAGAACCAGGGUCAGCAAGCCCUUGAUGUUCAUGACAGCGAGUUCUAGGUCUUAUCAUGUUACAAGAAAAGUGGGCUGAGAUCUCACUGCCUGUACAAAAGAAGAGUAUAAAGACGACUAAGGUGUUGUUACCUGUACAGAUGAAGGGUAUAAGGCUAUUCUACAGUCAGAGAUGCAAAACUACAGGUCCACAUAUGUCCAGUUCAAUAUAUUUGAACCACUGACUCCACUGGGCGUGCUUUCUUCGUUCCAAUAUGCAGCCUGAUUUUCCGAAGCUCUGACGAUUUGCUGUGCAUCUGGAAUCAAUCAAUCUGGACCCUGUACAUAUGCCUGUAUUGACUGUACAUGUGUAUAGCAGCUGUACAUAUCUUGUGAGCGGUGAUGUACAUUGCGACUGGACUAUGAGAGAGGAGUUAGACUAUUCUGCUUUUUGAA